AUGAGUGCAGCCACUCUAUUAACACUUACUAAUCCAGAUGUGAUUGCUGUUAAUCAAGAUCCAUUUAAUAUUCAAGGAAAGAAAGUGCCUUUUGCAACAUCACAAUCAUUAAUCAAUUGCUCAUGUUUAACAGAAGGAGUUCAUAAUGCUUUUCCGCUCUAUAAAAUAUAUCUCUUUGUAGUUUGGUUUACAGUUGGAUUACUUAUGCGUAAAUCUAUUCGACUCGAAUCUGUUACAUUUCAUCGACAAUCAAUAAAACCGUCGUCUUCACAUACAACAUCAACAAUGAAAUUCUUCAUUGCACUUUGUGUCCUCUUCGUAGGGGCUUAUUGCGCUCCUAUCCUUGAUAAUCAACUUGGCAAUGAAUGGGCAUUAUUCAAAAGUGUUUAUCAAAAACAAUAUAACACAACUGAAGAAGAAAAUAUUCGUCGCAAGAUUUGGGAAACAAAUCUUGCCAAAAUUCAUCAACAUAAUUUUGAAGCUGAUCUUGGCAUUCAUACUUAUACAUUAGGAAUGAACCGAUUUGGUGAUUUGACUAAUGAAGAGUUCAAAAAACAAAUGAAUGGAUUUAAAGCAUCAAAAACAAAAAAUAAUCAUGAUCACCACACAUUCAUAGCUCCAUCAAAUAUUGUCCUUCCAAAGUCUAUCAAUUGGCUUAAAGAAGGUUAUGUAACACCAGUCAAAGAUCAAGGACAAUGUGGUUCAUGUUGGGCUUUUUCAGCCACUGGCGCUCUUGAAGGUCAACAUUUUGCCAAAACAAAAAAACUUACUUCACUUUCAGAACAAAACUUAGUUGAUUGCUCAGAUUUUGUUGGCAACAUGGGUUGUUGGGGUGGUUUAAUGGAUCGCGCUUUUCAAUAUAUCAAAGUUAAUGAAGGUAUUGAUACUGAAGAUAGCUAUCCAUAUGAAGGUUUUGAUCGUCUAUGUCGAUUCGACAGCGCUAAUAUUGGUGCCACUGAUACUGGAUAUAUUGAUAUCGCAGCUCAGAAUGAAGAUGAUCUUCAACUUGCUAUUGCUACUAUUGGUCCAAUUUCAGUUGCUAUUGAUGCAUCACAAGAUUCAUUUCAAUUUUAUAAAUCGGGCGUUUACAAUGAACCAGCUUGUUCAUCAACAAACCUUGAUCAUGGUGUAUUAGCUGUUGGUUAUGAUACAACAAGUUCAGAUGAUUAUUAUAUUAUAAAAAACUCAUGGGGUACAUCAUGGGGUAUGAAAGGUUAUAUUUGGAUGAGUCGAAACAAGAAAAACCAAUGUGGUAUUGCUACCAUGGCUAGUUAUCCUCUUAUUUGA